AUGACCUCAGAUGGCUUUGCCAAGAAUCCUAUUAGUCUCCUCUCCACGUGGAAAACCGUCUUAGCUCUGCAGCGGACACGGCAAACGUCGAAGGUCUUCUUCGCUGUUUUGGAGAAUCCGGUCGACCGGCGUGACACCUUCACCUUACCACCCAGCAGCCAUGUCUGCACAGAAGGUACUGAGGAAGCUGAUGACAGUGAAAAUGACAAGCCUGCAAAGGACAUGAAGAAAAAACGCUCAAAAGAGGAAAAUAAAGCGAAAAAUAUAGCGGACAUCAAAGCAAAAGAGGAUGAGUCAAAAAGGAAGCAACCACCAGCUGUUCUGUUCCAGAUCGACGAUAGUAGACCCGACUUUGUCACCAAAAAGAAAGCACCUAACUCUAAGCAUGACAGCAAGUCUGACAGCAAGGUCAGCAAGAACGUGAAGAAGCCCAAUUCCAGCUCUGGAUCCCUCUUUCAAAUGAGAGACAAGGAAGACACAAACAAGGAAAUGAAUAAGAAAGCCAAGAAAGGAAGAGCAGCGAUAGGACAGUUCUUGUUUUUGUCUUUUUUUUCCCCCCAGGCAAAAGCCGGACUGAUGGAUAUUGAGAUUGAUGAUCUUGAACAGUUUGUCCUCCGUCCUGCUCCUGAAGGAGUGACAGUAAAAUGUAAAGUAACGAGGGCUAAGAGAGGAGUAGAUCGAGGCUUCUUCCCAACCUACUUCCUACACUUGGACAAUGAGAAAAAGGUGUUUCUUCUCGCAGGGAGGAAAAGGAAAAAAAGCGCAACUUCCAACUACCUGAUUUCUACUGAUGCCACAGACCUCAGCAGAGGAGGAGAGAGCUUUGUAGGCAAGCUGAGAUCUAACCUGUUAGGCACCAAGUUCACAGUGUUUGACAAUGGUCUGAACCCAGAUAAAGCUCUCAGAGACUUAUCCAAUGCCAGACAGGAGCUGGCUGCUGUCAUAUACGAACCAAAUGUUCUCGGAUUCAAAGGCCCUCGGAAAAUGAGGGUUAUUAUCCCUGGGAUGGACGAGGACAGCGAGAGAGUCCCUAUCCGUCCUCCUAAUGACAAUGAUGGCCUGCUGAUGCUGUACCAGAAUAGGCACAUGGAGAACCUAAUAGAGCUACAAAACAAGCCACCAGUGUGGAAUGAUGACACAGCCUCUUAUGUGCUCAAUUUCAACGGCCGAGUCACCCAGGCCUCUGUCAAGAACUUCCAGAUAGUCCACAGCAAAGACGACAGUUACAUUGUGAUGCAGUUUGGCCGCGUGGCGGACGACAUCUUUACACUGGAUUACAAUUAUCCCAUGUGUGCAGUCCAAGCUUUUGCCGUGGCCCUAUCCAGCUUUGACGGUAAACUGGCCUGUGAAUAG